UGAUGCAACCGCUUAACAAAGUUUCCCUCUACAGAGCGUCCUCACUCAGAACAGGUUAAAGCUUCAGGUCGUGUUAGCAUUCUUCUCUCCAGCUAUAAACAAAGCUUCUAAUCCUUGUCAAGAGGAACUACUCGCUGCUCGCCUACAGACAAGUCUCAGCUGACAUUAAUGCCUCCGGUGGAAGAAUGGCUGAAUAACCUGUUUUUCAGCUUUGCUGACUUAAAGAUGAGCUCCUGGGAACAGGAUACACCUGACUGAGAGAGAGAGAAACAAACCAACCGGUCCGAUCGUUCCUGGAAAAACUGCAGAAACUCCUGAGCUUUUCUUGACACUGAGAAAAUGAACUUAUUCUUUCUCCUUUUUCACCUGACCUCCACUGUUCAGGGAAUCUUUGCUGAUGAAAAACCUCUACCUGUUCAUGAGACAGAAGAGGACGAGAACUUCACCCUCAGAUGGGACAGCUUGAGCCAAACCAACAUGUCCCUCACCAACAUGAUCUGUUUUCUCCUCCUGAGUCCUCCUAAAGUUCUGUACGAAAUGAAAAACGGAGCAGAGGUCCCACAGUCUCAGGACGGAUGGUUUUCAGGACGAGUUCACUGCGACAGAGACGCUCUGAGAGAAGGACGACUCAGACUCCAUGUGUCCAGACUCAGGACUGAAGACUCUGGGAGUUACCGCUGUGAUCUGGCUGCUGGUUAUAACCAGGUGUUAAGGAGAUGGGAGCUGAAGGCUUCAGUAAACUUUAUCCUCAACGUGAGCAAAGCCUCUCAUGGAGACGGCUCAUCAUCUUUGAACGCACCGCGGCCUGGACUCAUGGUUCCUCCAGAUGACAAACAGCCCAAGGGAGAUUCUCGGGAUUCAGUUACGGUCGCCGGAUUUAUAAUAUUUAUCCUGGUUGCUGAUCUGGCUGUCGGUCUGGUGGUUUGUUGUCUCUGGCGGUGUUUCUUUAGAUCACCUGUAAAACGAACCAAUGGUCCAACGCAGGAUCCAGAUGAAUCAAUGGAUCUAGAGAUAAGCAUCAGUGAUACAGAGGAGACAAACUCCAUGAUUCACCUCUCAGCUGACCAUCCUCCAUCCACAUCUGUUCCAGAUGUUCAGAUCCAUUUGAUCUCAUGAUCUCUGGGCUGAUGUCUGCAUCCAGAGAUUCUUCUAAUCAUUUACUUACUGACUAUGAAACAGAAGUGAUCUAAGUGUAAUUAUUGACACCUGGAUGCUUCAUCCUGACAUUCAUCUUCUUCUCUGAUCAACUUUGAUGCAGCAGUAACAGUUUAUGAGAGUUAGUGGGAUUGGCUCUGACUGAAAUGUAUCUAAGUAACCCAUCAGAGCAACAAUAUGUGAUUAUAUCUGGCUUUUUAUCUUUGAUCAAACUUUUUAUUUAGGGGCAUUUUACAAUGUUAACAUUUAAAGAAUAAGAUAGAAACAUCCAUCCAUCCAUCCAUCCAUCCAUCCAUCUUCUGACCCGCUUAAUCCCUUAUGGGGUCGCGGGGGUUACUGGUAGCUAGAAACCUACUGAAUGUAUUAGAGCUUAAACAAGCAGCUGUUAAGUAUUUCCUUUAUUUUUAACACUUUUAACAAAGUAACAUUUGAGGUUGCUGCAGAUUUUUCAAAUGUAUCUUUAUUUAUAUUUAUUAUAUGUAUAUUGUGCUUUCCGCUACAUUAAGAUAUUCACCAUUUUAAUCCUUCUGUCUCUGAACUCUGACUCCCUCUGUGUGAACAUCAGAUGUUCUCAUGUUGCAGCUCCCAGCUGUGUUAUCAUGACGUUAAAAGAUCUGCAG